GCCGCCGGGACUCAGCUCCGAGUCGCCGAUCUAGGAGCAAAAGCGAAGGCUCAGCUUAGCGCUGCCAGGGUCGCGGAGCGCACGUGCGGGGCGAGGAACCCGCCCAGCGCUCGGUUCUCAGUGGGCUCGGCGUCCCCACUCGAGGACUCGCUCGUGCAGCCGGGCCCGGCAGAUGGGCGCAUGAGGAAAGAGAACGCGGACAUGGACUGCUAUUUGCGUCGCCUCAAACAGGAGCUGAUAUCCAUGAAGGAGGUGGGUGAUGGCUUACAGGAUCAGAUGAACUGCAUGAUGGGUGCACUGCAAGAACUGAAGCUCCUACAGGUACAGACGGCGUUGGAGCAGCUGGACAUCUCUGGAGGGAGUCCCGUACCAGGCUCCCCCGAAAGUCCCCGGACACAGCCCAAGUGGCCUUACUGGGAAGGUGGCAGAGAUCCGGCCAGGCCUCUGACCUGCUCCUACCCCUCCAGCCAUCCUGCUCUUGGCGGCAGCACCAAGCUUCCAAGCCAUAGGAGUGUCUGUGGGAGGGAUCCCAACCCCCUGCCCAGGACACAGCUGCCAGAGCACCAAAGCUGUGCUCAGCAGGGGCCAGAGUGGGCGGAACCAGAUGACUGGACCUCCACAUUGAUGUCGAGAGGCAGGAAUCGGCAGCCGCUGGUUUUAGGGGACAACGUUUUUGCAGACCUGGUGGGCAACUGGCUAGACCUGCCGGAACUGGAGAAGGGCGGGGAGAAGGGUGAGACUGGCGGGGCAGGUGAGCCCAAAGGAGAGAAAAGCCAGCCCCGGGAGCUGGGCCGCAAGUUUGCUCUAACAGCAAAUAUCUUUAGGAAGUUCUUGCGUAGCGUGCGGCCUGACCGGGACAGGCUGCUGAAGGAGAAGCCAGGCUGGGUGACGCCCGUGGUCUCAGAGUCGCGGGCUGGACGCUCCCAGAAGGUGAAAAAGUGGAGCCAUUCCAAGGGCUCUGGACGUUUCCCCUUCCCAAGUACAGGGGAGUCCAGACAAGGGGACAAUCCCCCAACAAGUAGCCCCAAGGCCAUGGAACCCUCACCCUCGGGCUUUGAUAUUAACACAGCUGUUUGGGUCUGAAUCCUAGAGGGAAAGUUGACUGAACCCAAAGACCAGUCCCUGUGCUGGGCCCCUGGGGAGGAGGGGGGCGGGUGUAUGGCUGUGAGAAGCCCAAAUCCAAGUUCCUUUCCUUCAGAAGGGAGGGAGAGGCCAGAGUUCUGGGGCAGGGCUGACUGGAAUGCAGCUGGGAGAGGCUGUCACAGCGCUGGCAGCGGGAGGAGGGACAGCUCCUGCAGAAAAAAUGACUGUACUGUGUGCGUGUGUCGUGCUCAUUUGGGGUUUGCAGGUGGUAGUAGGGGAGGAACGGGGAGAGAAGUCUUUCUGACACUCCUCCACUGACCUCAAAGACCUCCAGUGAACAUCGUGUGCGGGAAAGGGCCCCGGGGCCCCCAAUAAAGACCUGCCUCUGCUGCCCCCAGCCUUAUAGCUGUCUGCUUCCCUGGCAAGGCACUGCUGUCGGCUGAGACUCCGAAGCCCUGCUCUGGAGGUCAGGGCAGCCAGAGGGAAUGCCCGCCCCCAGCCUUCCCUGGUGCCAUAGAUUGCAGCCACUCCGGGAUCCCGGGAAAUGGGCUGAAUAAGGAGGACAGCGUAUGAUGAGUCCCGGGGGAAGCUGGGACACCCCACCUGUGCUAUGUGUGGGGUACAGGGGUACAGCCCUCUGCACGUUCAGAAGCCUCUCCCAUGCCUGCUUUCUUGUAAGCAGGCAGGCGAGGCCGGCAGCAUCAGAUAUGCUACCUGCCCCGCACACCACUGGCGGGGUAGUGGGGGAGGCCAGCGCCCGCUGGGUACACGCUGGAGCCUGGAGUUAAAACACACUGCCCCUACUCUAGCAGCUCUGAGAGCCUCUGCCUAACUCCUCCAAGCCAGAUCCACCAGCAGGGUGACGGCGAGCCCACUCCUUAAUUCCUACUUCCACUGUUCGUCCCCUCCGCACUAGGCACUAGGCGCAGGCCUAGCCGCCUCCUCACCCGGAGUCAGUAGGGGCGCCUAGCCAGCUAGACGCGGCCAGGUCCUCCUAAAGCAGCUCGGGAGCAGGGAGCCGGGAGCCAGGAGCCGGGAGCCGGGAGCCGGGAGCGGGGAGCUUGGCGAGACUGCCCGGGUUAGGUCCCUUUGGGCGGGGAGGUGGGGGCGGGCCCUUGCUCCUCCCUCUCCUCUACCCGCGCGCGGCCUGAUGGGGGUGACAGCUGCAAUUAGAGGCUUGACGCCUUCCCUCUUCAGAGCAUUGAGAGCAUUGAGCGCAAACAGAAGAAGGGAAAUAACAAGGAAGACUCCUGCCUGCAGCCUAGACCGCCAGCGGGUGGAGAUUAGAGUGGGAUUAGAGCUCUAGUUGGGUGUGGGGAAAGAAAGGCAGUUUUUCUGAGCAUUCACUACUUGACAGGCAGGGUGGACCGUCCUUUCAGACUUGGAAUGACCCUAGAGGGUAUUGUAUUCCAGGUACACUAAGGGAGGCUCACAGGGGUCAUGCAAGCUGUCCAGACCAGGCACCUAGCAAAUGAAAGAACCAAGGUUUGAGCCAGAGGGAUAUCCAGCUCCCAAAGCCCUGCCCUUUGCUACUUCUCAGCUUCGAGUUUGCCAAGUAAGCUCACCCUUUCUGGGGCGGCCCAGCCCAUGUGUCUCCCUAGAGAACUCUGCCAGUUCAGCCUCUGCUAGGGGAAGUCCGCUGCGGCUGUGAAGGCUGCUGCUGGUGAUGUGUCUGUGAGCAGAAUGUGCACGUGAAGAGUCCUCACAGAUUGUGGUCCCUGAGAGGAGGGGACACCCGGGAAAUUAUUCAAGAUGACACCAGCUUUGAGUCUGGAAUCAUUCUAUAGGAAACCAAGCCACCUGCGGCGCAUCUGUUUCACGGACUGGUCGUGGCGGUCAACAAGACCUCACAGAUACCUCCCAGUGCCUGGCAUUGUGCCUGGAACUGAGCACAGUGUGGCGAGAAGGACCCACCUCUGGCCUCAAGAGGAUCCAAUAAAUAAAGAAGAAAACUCCUAUUAGCCUUCACUUAGAAUCCAAGGAACUGAAGAUUCCUUAUAUGGCUCAUUUGAACUUCAGCCAUAACACUUUAGAAGAGAGAUUUUCUGCCAAUACAGGUGCCAGGAACCUUUCCACAUUAAUGUUCUUACAGCCUUGUCACUGCACCCUAGAAGUGGCAGCUCUUCCCCUUCUCUAGAUAGGCCCAGAGAAGGUAAGGAGCGCGCCUGAGGUCACACAAGGGCAGAGCUGAGACCGAAGCAGUUCCCACUGGCUUCCAAUCUUGCGCUUUCCACCUCACCCUACACACUCCAUUUAUCUGCCCAGAGUCAGAUCAAGAACAAAACCUGCCUUCCCCAUGUUAUCCAACUGCAUGGAUAAAACCUGGCAUGCUGACUGUCCAGUGCACCAGUUUUGCUUGGGUCUUGACAGGGCUGAGGUAAUGCCCCAACCACCGUUCAUGCUUUGUUAAAGAAAGAUUCUGGUAACUCAUCUACCCGCCUAUACUUUUAACUUUUCUGUCCCCUUCUGGGCUCCUGCUGAGACAGUGACGGAGACCGUUUAUUGUGCUGAAGCUGAGUGCAGAGGUAAAUGGGAAAACCCAGAGCCUAAGAGACAGGGAAGAGUGCAGGGAGCAGGGACAGGAUGUAUAGGGAGAUCGUGGAAGUAAGUACAGAGAAACUGGCAGCUUAAUUUUGCCUCUAGGGCUCAUUUUAUGGUUAAUUAGGACAUGCAAAUGAAGUGGAAGCUCAUUUAAUACCUUCCCUGGCAUGCAGCUCUACCCCAAACCUGGCCCACUUCCCUGGCAGGUAUAGGGGGACAGUGAUUGGCCCAGGCCUCUGCUCAGGGCUCCACCUGCUUCUUUGUGGCAUCACGGCCAGAGUCUACAGGUGUUCCCCAGGCCAACAGGAAAUAGGAAGGAAACAGGAAACAGGAAAUACACCCCCUGCUGGGCACAGUUGGUCUGUCUGGCUUCCCACCUUUCUUUCUCAACCUUUUAUAUCUGAAAUCUUUCUUUUCCCUCCUUGGACACUUCCCCUGCACCCUAUCUCCUAGGGUGAUCUCUGAAAUCAAACCUGCCCCGAUGGACGGAAGCCUGGUUAAACUUUGCCCGACUGGAUCCCUGCCUGUCCGCAAGCCUUGGGGAGAGGGGCUCUUAUUCUUUCCCACAUUUCACCAUUUCCUUGGUUUCUAGAGAAAAGCAAGAGCCCACCCUGUCUGUGGGAAGCAGAGGCUGUCUCCAGCUUCUCCAGGGCAGAUCUCCUCACCCACAGCAGUUAGGGAGCUUCUCCCCAUCUUUUCGUAUGAGCACUGGAUGUGGAGUCAGACAGGUUCUGAGACCCAUUUCUGGCACUGUGUGAACCUGAGCAUGUUGCUUGACCUUUCUGAACCUCAUUUUUCUCAUCUGUGAAAUGGCUGCUGGGAAGUUUAGAGGACACAGAGAACCCAGGAAGCAGGCACACUGUCUGGGGUCGGAAAGCUCCACAGACUGUACUUCCCACCCCAGCACUAACCGUGAGACCCAAGGCACACUGCUAAAAAUAAAGUGCAUUCUCCGAG